GUACUGUCUGGCGGCGGUCACCCGACUAUCAAGAUGGCGGCCCCCAGGAGCUUGGCUGUAUGGGGCCUCUGCGGCCGUGGGUGGUCGCCGGUGUUGCCGGGCUGCAGGCUUCCCUGGCUUCGUAGCUGCUGGCCCAGCGGCCCGCUGGGUGCACGACCCUUUUCCCAAGAGAAGCGGGCAACGGAAACGCACUUCGGGUUUGAGACUGUGUCGGAAGAGGAGAAGGGGGGCAAAGCUCUGAUGCUGAGCUUGUGCGGUCCUGACCUAUAAGGAGUACCCCCAGCCUGACCCUGCUAAACGUAGACGCCUUCUCUUUUUAAGUGGAGUAACUAUCACGAAAUCCCACCAAUUGAGCGUUUAUGAUGUUCUACCCAAUGUGCAGACGUUUUCAAUUCUCAUUUCAACUUCCCGGUGUCUAUCAGGUGUUUGAAAGUGUGGCCAAGAAGUACGAUGUGAUGAAUGAUAUGAUGAGUCUUGGUAUCCAUCGUGUUUGGAAGGAUUUGCUGCUCUGGAAGAUGCACCCGUUUCCUGGGACCCAGCUGCUCGAUGUUGCUGGAGGCACAGGUGACAUUGCAUUCCGGUUCCUGAAUUAUGUUCAGGCACAGCAUCAGAGAAAGCAGAAGAGGCAGUUAAGGGCCCAGCAAAAUUUAUCCUGGGAAGAAAUUGCCAAAAAGUACCAGAAUCAGGAGGAUUCACUGGGCGGUUCUCGUGUCAUGGUCUGUGACAUCAACAAGGAGAUGCUGAAGAUGGGAAAACAGAAAGCCUGUGCCCGAGGAUACAAAGCUGGACUUGCUUGGGUAUUGGGAGAUGCCGAAGAACUACCCUUUGAUGACAAUAAGUUUGAUGUUUACACCAUUGCCUUUGGGAUCCGGAAUGUCACACACAUCGAUCAGGCACUCCAGGAAGCCCAUCGGGUCCUGAAGCCAGGAGGACGGUUUCUCUGUCUGGAGUUUAGCCAAGUGAACAAUCCCCUCGUAUCCAGGCUCUAUGAUGUAUAUAGCUUCCAGGUCAUCCCUGUCCUGGGAGAGGUGAUUGCAGGAGACUGGAAGUCCUACCAAUACCUGGUAGAGAGCAUCCGACAGUUCCCAUCUCAGGAGGAGUUCAAGGAGAUGAUAGAAGAUGCAGGUUUUCAGAAAGUGACUUAUGAAAAUCUAACGUCAGGCAUUGUAGCCAUUCAUUCUGGCUUCAAACUGUAACUCCUUUAAGAUCCUGGAGCAUGAACCAGUCACAUCCUGUGGAAAGCCUGGAGCUGAAGGAUAAUCUGGUUAGUGAGACCAGCAGCAGAACAUCUCUUAAGGCUAUCUGCCUUGGACUCAUGUUCUGAUGUGACCAAUCUCCAAGUGAAAGAAACAAGUUUCUGUCACUUUACUGCAGCUUUCCUUAAGGGCUGCUUCAGGCUUUCUCCCAAAGGUAUUUAUUUGGUCUGUACUUUUUGCUUAACUCCUACUAAUUUUUCUUGGCUGUCCAGUGUGUCAUUAAAACCAGCACUAAAACUCAGUUUUGAAGUGUUUUGUAGCUUCUCUGCAUAAUGAGUCAUUUGAACUCGAUGAUUUGAACCAGAGAACUUCCUAGCUGUACCUGAGUCCACCUUUCAGUCCAGACAGUCCAGGGCCAAAAGCCAAGGCCCGAGUUAGAGGGCUAAGGAUCGCAACUAGAAAUACGCACUGAAGCACUAAAUGCAUUUAGUUUGUGUAGUAUUUGUCAUUUUUUCUUGAGGGGAAGUGAGAAAAACUUUUGUCAUUAUUCGUUCAGUCCUCUUCUACCAAAAGCCACUAUUGUGUUUUCGGUGCCGGUCAUGAAGAAAGCAACUUGACAAAUCCUUGUUGAAAGAAUAAAUGUACCAGCAAUUUCCAGCUUUCAUGUCUUACAUGGAGAGCUUCUUUGCCAGAAUACAUUUGAAGAAAGGAUUUUAUAGCAAAAAAAAAAAAAAAAAA